AAAGGAACCGGUGGCAGCUUGGUUCCUGCGCGGAUGCUGGGGCUGUAGGCGCCGAGCUUUCAGCUGGUUGCAGCUCCCAGGGAGGAAGACGCCGGGGCUCGCCUUCCCUACGCUGCCUCCGCCACUGCCAUGAUUCCGGUGUCGCUGGUGGUAGUGGUGGUGGGCGGCUGGACUGCCGUCUACCUGACCGACUUGGUGCUGAAGUCAUCUGUGUAUUUUAAGCAUUCUUAUGAAGACUGGUUGGAAAACAAUGGAUUGAGCAUCUCCCCAUUUCACAUAAGGUGGCAAACUGCUGUUUUCAAUCGUGCCUUUUACAGUUGGGGACGGCGGAAAGCGAGGAUGCUUUACCAGUGGUUCAAUUUUGGAAUGGUGUUUGGCGUAAUUGCUAUGUUCAGCUCUUUUUUUCUCCUGGGGAAAACGCUGAUGCAGACUUUGGCACAAAUGAUGGCUGACUCACCCUCUUCUUAUUCUUCUUCCUCUUCUUCCUCUUCCUCUUCUUCCUCUUCCUCUUCUUCCUCUUCCUCCUCUUCCUCUUCUUCCUCUUCCUCCUCUUCUUCCUCCUCCUCCUCACUUCACAAUGAACAAGUGCUACAAGUUGUGGUUCCUGGUAUCAAUUUACCUGUCAACCAACUGACCUAUUUCUUCGCUGCAGUUCUCAUUAGUGGUGUUGUACAUGAAAUUGGACAUGGGAUAGCAGCUAUUAGGGAACAAGUUCGAUUUAAUGGCUUUGGAAUUUUUCUCUUCAUUAUUUAUCCUGGAGCAUUUGUUGAUCUGUUCACCACUCAUUUGCAACUUAUAUCACCGGUCCAGCAGCUAAGGAUAUUCUGUGCAGGUAUCUGGCAUAAUUUCGUCCUUGCACUCCUAGGUAUUUUAGCUCUCGUGCUUCUCCCUGUAAUUCUCUUGCCAUUUUACUACACUGGAGUUGGGGUGCUCAUCACUGAAGUUGCUGAGGACUCACCUGCCAUUGGACCCAGAGGCCUUUUUGUGGGAGACCUUGUCACCCAUCUACAGGAUUGUCCUGUUACUAAUGUACAAGAUUGGAAUGAAUGUCUAGAUACCAUCGCCUAUGAGCCCCAAAUUGGUUACUGUAUUAGUGCAUCAACUUUACAGCAGUUAAGCUUCCCAGUUAGAGCAUACAAACGGCUAGAUGGUUCGACUGAAUGUUGUAACAAUCACAGCCUCACAGAUGUGUGCUUUUCCUACAGAAAUAACUUUAAUAAGCGUUUGCAUACAUGCCUACCCGCCCGGAAAGCAGUUGAAGCCACACAAGUUUGUAGAACCAAUAAAGACUGUAAAAAAAGUUCAAGUUCCAGUUUCUGUAUAAUACCUUCUUUGGAAACUCAUACUCGCUUAAUAAAAGUGAAACAUCCUCCUCAAAUUGAUAUGUUGUAUGUAGGCCAUCCACUGCAUCUUCAUUACACAGUGAGCAUCACCAGUUUUAUCCCACGCUUCAACUUUCUAAGCAUAGACCUGCCUGUGGUUGUGGAGACAUUUGUCAAGUACCUGAUUUCCCUCUCAGGAGCUCUGGCUAUUGUUAAUGCAGUGCCCUGCUUUGCUUUGGAUGGUCAGUGGAUUUUAAACUCUUUCCUAGAUGCCACCCUUACCUCAGUGAUUGGAGACAAUGAUGUCAAAGAUCUGAUAGGAUUUUUCAUCUUGCUUGGUGGCAGUAUACUUUUGGCUGCCAACGUGACCUUGGGACUCUGGAUGGUUACAGCACGGUAAUAUUUGCAUUCAUCUGGCAGAAUGAUCCUUGGUAUGAAAUAUAAAGUGUUUCCUUAAAAUUACAUUUUAACUAACAACUUUAAGCUCCUCGUGUAUCAGAAUAUCCAAACUCUGGGAUGGAGGAUAAACAGAAGAAAUGAAAGGCAUAGUCUCUGACUACAUUCUGAUUCUAAAGAUUGAACUUAACAAAUUUCAGAUGCUUGUGGAACAAUUGCUAAACAAGUGAAAAUUCAUGUUAAACCAUUUUGUGCAACUCCGGAUCAUGUUGCAGUAGUGUAAAGGAGAACAGAAUUAGGUGGAAUUAAUUGGGGCAAACUUUUUGAAAAAACAUCAUGAAUCCAGAUUUGAAGAAGACCAGAAUCUGGCCAAGUGGAAGGGAGAUGCUGCUGGACCGCAUGCCACCAGUCCCACUCCUGAAGCAGAAUGUUCAAGGAGUGUGUCCGAAAAGCAGAGGCUGGCUGCUCCAAGGAGGAAAGGCUAUGCUUCAACCAGCCUUGCUCUACUUGAAGAAAGGGCUCUCCCAGAAGAGAGGCAACCUGAAGGAUUCACCCAAGUGUUUCUGAGCCAGGACCUCUAGCACACUUUGGACAGUGGUGGCAUAAAAUAAUUGGAGGCAACCUGAAAAGCUAUUGGAGCUGUGGAGACCAUAUUGCAGCCAUUAAGCAGUAGAGAAAAGCAAACAUGCUGAGAACGGCAACAUAUGGGAAUGGAAAGAGCCUGGGUCACUGACAGCACUGUUUAGCUCAGGAUGACCAUCUACCUCUAAACUUGUUAGUACAGCUAGAGGGUCUUGAAGGGCAGAGGAAUUUCUUUCUCCCCAACGGUUGGCACAUUUCACAGUAUACUUUCUACUCGCUGGACACCUCUUGACCUGACAUUGCUGCAGUUGAGAGAUCCUUGGGACAAUUACAUUCAGCUGGCAGCAGGUGAAAUUUCUUACCAGGUGAAAUUCCAGCCUCCUGGAAUGUCUAUGUGUGGAGGUAAAUGGAGCCAGAGUGGCCCAACUUUGAGAACACAGCUGCAUCACUGUCUCCUGAAAUGGGUCUAACUGAACUGACUUAUUGCAAGGACUGGUCCACCAAGACAGAAUGAUCUACCUGCUCAACUUUUAUACGUGAAGCUUAAGGGAAGUGUCAGAGGAGGGAACUACAGGGGCCAAGGGCAGUACGCUCCAAGAUGGCCCACUCUGGCAUGAACAUUAUUUCGAGUCAAAAGCAAUCAAAACCCAGCAGGUUACAGAGCCCCUGUGAGCGUGAGCUCAUCACAUGGCUGCCCACCAAGAUACUACAUUUCUCAGUCUCCCUUGAAGUAUGCUCCACACGGAGCCCAAUGUGGGGCUUGAGCUCUUGACCCUGAGAUCAAGACAUGAGUUGAAAUCAAGAUUUGGACUCUUAACCAGUGGAAUCACCCAGGUGCCCCUAAACUGACUUCUCUUAGUAUCCACAAUUACUGAAGCUGAGAUCAAGGAACUGACACAGGGCAUUGGCCAAAAUCUUCCACCCAGAAGCCCAACUCCUCCCAGGAUGAGGCAGGCUUUGAGCUGAGGUCAUACAGGUGUCAAAGUUGGCAGUGAAGGUGAGCUAGGACCUGGAGGCCUGGUAGAGUGGCUGGAUAGGGAAUGGACCUAUUGGGGAUCUUGAUGAAAUCUGUGAGCAAUGGGCUGAAAGUAUCAAAAAGGAGACCUUCCUGUUUUCCUCACCCCUGCACUUGAAAAGGCAGACUGUUUCCCUUAAGUCAAGCCUGCCUGUUACCAAGAGAUUCAAGCAUGUCUUAGACACUGCUGUGUCAUAUAUGCCUCAGGAGCAUGGGGUUUUUGUCCUUCUUCUUUUUAACAUUCUGUUUUCUGUGCAGUCACCAUUUGAUAACCUUAUUUUGAUAAUAAUUUUAACAGAAAAGUUGCAGAGUACAAGGAGCUCUUGUUUAUCUUUACCCAGUUUCAACCAUCAUGGACACUUUAUCCCAUUUGCUUUAUCGUCUCUCUCUUUCUCUGCAUAUAUAUAUGUGUACACGUAUCUAUACAUGCAUAUGUAAUUUUUUUUCCAAACCAAGAGUUAGUCAGAGACAUGAUGCCCCUUUACCCAAAAGGCUUCAGGGUGUAAUUCCUAAGAACAAGGACGUUCUGUUACGCAACCGCAGUGCACUGAUCAAAGUCAGGAAAUUGAACAUUGCUACAAAGUUAUUUCCACAGUCCUCGUUCCACUUUUGUCAAUUGUUCCAAUAAUGUCUCCUAUGGCUAUUUUUCUUUCCUGCUCCAGGAUCCAAUCCAGAAUCACACAUUGCAAUUUAGUUGUUAUAUAUUCUUAGUUUCUUUUCAUCUGGAACAGUUCAGUUCCUCAGCUUUUCUUUGUAUUUCUUGACCUUGACAUUUUUUGUAGAACAUGGGCAAUUCAUUUUGUGGAAGGUCCCUUAGUUUGAGUUGGUCUGAUGUUUCAUCAUGAUUAGAGGAAGGUUGUGCAGUUUUGGCAAGAAGACCUCAGAAAGGAUGUUGGGCCCUUCUCCGUAUACCGCAGCAGGAGGCACAUGAGGUCAGGUUGGCCCAGUCAACAAUCUUACCUUUACUUUGUAACAACAGCAGAAUGUUCUUUUAGCUUUACUCUUCUCAUUUGGCAGGUAUCUUGCAUUGCAGUAUGAUUUUCUGUUUUGCACAGGCAUAAUAAUGUGAAGUUUAUAUUUUUGAUUAAUUGCAAAUAACCAAAAUGCAAUAAACUGGUGUUUUUUUUUUUUCUUUUUUUUUAAGGAAGCAUGUUUAAAAUAAUAUGUGUUGGGGCUCCUGGGUGACUCAGUCGGUUAAGCAUCUGACUUCGGCUCAGGUCAUGCUCUCACGGUCUAUGAGUUCGAGCCCUGCGUUGGGCUCUGUGCUGACAGCUCAGAGCCUGGAGCCUGCUUCAGAUUCUAUGUCUCCCUCGCUCUCUGCCCCUCCCCUGCUCAUGGUCUGUCUCUGUCUCUCAAGAGUGAAUAAAUGUUAAAAUUUUUUUUAAAAAUGUGUUAAUGUUCACUUAUGGGGUUUUAAUGUCAACUGGUAUACUUAGAUUGAAACCAAAUCUAUUUCAGACAAAAACGAGAAAACUAUAUAUUUGUAAAUAAUUUUAAGAAUAUGCAAGUUAAGACUAAAAAAAAACUUCCUGACACAAUGAACAUAUUUGGAAAAUAGUAACAUCAAUAUAUCCUUAGAGUGUCAAGACUUUUAUGAUUAACAUGGUGAUAUGCCAGGCAAUACAUAUAAAACCAGAAGAAACGUAUGACUUAGUGGGGAGGAGUGAAUUAUCAUCUACAAUGCGCAUCUUAAGAGUAACUGCUAUAUAACAAUUUUAGGCAGAUUCUCAGAGCCUGACAGAGGGGGGUCAUGGGACUGGUUGUGCCAAGGGGAAGAAGCUGAAAAUGGAGCCAAAGAAGAUUUUAAAAUCAGAGCUGUGUCAACAUGCAUAAAUUCACUUGCUUUGAAGAAGCUGCAAUGGGAUUCAGGAACCGGUAGUUACUGUUGCUGAGCAGUGUGACUCCGAGUUUACAAAAGCUCUGCUGCAGACGUCCAAGUUGGCCUGACUACGAAGAAGCAGGUGGACUCAUGUGAAGGAACACACCUGGAGCGGAACAAGCGGUUCUGCUCUCCUGGCAGCAACGGACAACAACGUGCAUCACGGGGAGCCGCGUCGGACAGGACCCGCGUAGGACUGGGCCUGUGGGAGGGGCUUUAGGGGAGUGUUUAAGGAAGCCAGGUGAUCUCUGGAUUGGGUGCUGGCUGGAAGUGAGGGAUUUCCAAGGUAGGGAGUCUUCAUACAUCUUCCCGAGAAGCAGGGAAGACCAGAGAAAGGCUGUGAUUGGUAAAGGAGCAGCAGUCACUCCUAUUGGCCAGGAUUCGGGGAUGUGUGGAGACUGUUGUGGUUUGGACAAGGUUCACUUGUUCUCCGUGUUCGGACAGGAUUACGGAGUGGUCUUGUUUUUGUCUUGUCCCAUCCUGGUCACAGAGUGGCCUUGUCUGAUGUUGGUGUUCUGGGGAAUUAUUUAUGUUCAUUGGAAGAUGGCCCGGGCCAGUUCCCAUAUGGCAGGGGCUGCUUUUCUGUGUCAGACUUCACUUUCAGCCAAGAGCAGACAAGGUCAGGCCAGAGGAUAUGAAUCCCUGAUAUCCACAUUUUCACCAUCGCCAAGAUUUUGAUUAGGAGGUUGUUUCAAGAGUGCAGGCAGUGGGGGGCUUGGGUGGCUUAGUCGGUUAAACGUCUGACUCUUGAUUUCAGCUCAGGUCAUGGUCUCACGGUUGGCGAGUUGGAGCUCUGUGAAUUCGUGGGGCUCUGCGCUGGUGGCUUGGAGCCUGCUUGGGAUUCUCUCUUACCCUAUCUCUCUGCCCCUCACCCACUCGUGUAUGUGUGAAGUCUGUCUCUCCCUCAAAAAUGAAUAAAUAAACAUAAAAAAAAAGGGUGCAGACAGUAGUUUGGUAAAUUUCUCCUGCUUUUCUGUUGCAGGAUAUGUUGCUGAAUUAUCUGGUGUGACAAAAGCUGCACAGGAUACACUGGUCAAUUGUAACACAAACAAUUCCCACAAACAAAAUGAUUAUUCAUCCUGUAACAGGAUUUAUCCUGGCCUCCAAGCCAGGGGCCUAGCUUAUAAAACCCAGACAAUGAGAACACAUUCCAGAAUCUAAAUAGGUACUCACAGCCCAGUUGGAGACGUUUAAAGAGGCCUCAAGACCUUGGUUCCUGUCCAUGACCUACCUUUAAUAAUCUUGCCAGGAUUCUGUCAUUGGUAGGUAAUACACUACAUUGUGAGCAUCUUUACAAUAACUCCUAAAAUUACCUCAACAAGUCGGCUCCAUUUCAAGGCCCAUUUAUCUCUGAUGUUGUGCUAAUGUCGCGAAGCAUUGUUGUUAAACUCCACGUUUGUUACAGCUAUCCGAUGAGCUAAUGGCAAAGCAACUCAAGGAAUUUCAUUUCUAUUUCGCACCUUGCACAAGCAAGGUGAGGCACUUACACUGGCCACUGCUGCCUGCACCACAGGACACAAGCUGCUGAGCAGGACUGGCUACAUAAUUUGCAGGCUCAGUGCAAAAGAAAAACACGGGGCCCCUCGUUCAAAAUUACUAAGAAUUUCAAGAAAGUGAGAGCAGAGAAACCAAGUGCAGGGCCCUUCUGAGCGUGAGGCCCUGUGCCAACGCAUAGGUUACAUGCCCUAGAGGCCCACCCUGCCACUGACUGGCAAGCAGCCCACUUGAGACCUUUGGAGUCCUACUGUUCCUGCAGUGUGACAAGGGACAACUGUAUCCCCCUGACCUGACUCCAGAGGAGUGGCAAGAACUGGAGAAUAUCCCAGGAUGAAAGCAGGAGCUGCAGACUACGCUGUAGAGACUGAAGGCAAUUCCUGUGGAGCUUCCGGACGCCCAGAGACUCACAUAAGACUGAUGGGAUGAUGGAGUCAUUUGCCUAGUAAUACUGUCAGUGGAAUAAAGGAGGCCUUCAGUGCGCAGAAAUUGAUGUUCUCUCCUUUGCCACAUCGUGUUGAAUACCAGCCAUAAGCCCCAACUCAAAGACAAGCCCACAACGGAAAGGUUCACUGCCUUGAACAGAGGCAUCCGUAAUGGUGGAGCAACUCUGAAAUCUGUAAUUAAAUCAACAUUAACAGCCUUA